AUGCCAAGUGAGGUGCUUGAGAGCAGCAGUGGGAUGGAGGAGACCAUGCAGAAAGAGAGGAGGUCUGGAAGCCAAAGUCCUCGCUGCAGCUCCAUGAGGAGGGCUGUAGCAACCACUGUCACUUUUGAUGGGGAAGCCACUAUGGACCGGAGGAAAAAGAAGAAGAAAGAGUCCCGUCCCGAGUCAAUAAUAGUGUAUCGGUCAGAGAAUGAGAAUAAGGUGGAAGAAGAACAGGCAGAUGAAGGAGGGGAGAGGGGCUCUGAGGAAGGCUCCAAGUUCCUGGGUCAGUCCACAGCAGAUGGUGUCUGGAACAUGCCUUUAGACAGCCGAUAUGUGACCUUGACUGGAACAAUCACCAGGGGAAAGAAGAAGGGUCAGAUGGUGGACAUCCAUGUCACACUAACGGACAAAGAGCUGCAGGAACUGGCUAAGUCAAAGGAACCUCCUAAAGAGGACGUACCUGAGAAGAGGAAGAAAUGUGAUGUUGGGCUAGACAGAGGACCCCACAUCGUCCUCUGGACCAUCAUUUGCUUCCCCAUCAUUUUUGUAGUGUCCUUUGUGGUUUCAUUCUACUAUGGAACCAUUACAUGGUAUAACAUCUUCUUGGUGUACAAUGAAGAGAGGACCUUCUGGCACAAAAUCACCUUUUGUCCCUUUCUGAUCAUCUUCUACCCAAUUAUGAUUAUGGUUGUGUCUUUUUCCCUAGGCCUGUACUCGGCUGUGGCCCAGGUAGCAUGGUCCUUUGGGUACUGGUGGCAUGCUGUCAGGGAUAUGGAGAAGGGCUUCUGUGGCUGGCUCUGCAGCAAGCUAGGUUUGGAAGAUUGUUCUCCAUACAGCAUUGUCGAGCUGUUAGAUUCUGAUAAUAUCUCAGGUAGUCUCUCUGGCAAGAGCUCUGCACAGGGGGUUGAGACCUCGGCAGUCUGA